AUGCCCACACUGUUUAUCCGGCACACAGCCUCUUGGUCUGGCUGCGAGAUCGAGCCAAAGAUUGCUUUCGCCCCAUCGACAGGCAUGACGUUCAAAACAGUCACCACAGGUUGUGCCGAAAUGAACAAAACGGACGUUCAGCGGAGACAAAUGCAACGUUUUGCACAUGCGCAGGGCACGGCAAAGGGAGAUGCUCACACUCUCCUCCGCUCCUUCCGCAGAGGUGCCAACCUGCUGGCCGUCAACUCUGAUGGGAACAUGCCGUACGACCUCUGCGAGGACGACGUGACGCUGGACUACAUCGAGACGGCCAUGGCCGAACAAGGUAUAACUCAGGAGACCAUCGAGGAGGCCCGUUCAGCAGUGGAGCGGGUCAUGGUGAACGACAUCCACCGGCUGCUGAGGGAAGGUGUUGACCUGGACACCCCGCUGGACCACAGAGCUACCCUGCUGCACAUUGCCUCAGCCAACGGCUACCUGGAGGCCGCGGAGUUGCUGCUCGAACACAAGGCCAGCAUGAGCGUCCAGGACAACGACGGGUGGCAGCCCCUCCACGCGGCCGCUUGCUGGGGCCAGAUCCAUCUGGUGGAGCUCUUGGUGGCCCACGGAGCAGACCUGAAUGGGAAGUCGGUCCUGGAUGAGACCCCACUAGAUGUCUGCGCAGAUGAAGAGGUGCGUGCCAAACUCCUGGAGCUGAAGCACAAGCACGACGCCAUCAUGAAGUCGCACGACAAGCACAAGUCUCUUCUCCAGCGCCGCACCUCCAGUGCAGGCAGCCGAGGGAAAGUGGUGCGUCGAGUGAGUGUGACGGAGCGCACCAACCUCUACCGCAAGGAGCACGAGAAGGAAGCCAUCGUUUGGCAGCAGAUGGAGCAGCGUGAGAGCGAGGGGGAGGACGAGGACCGCCAGACCGAUGUGGAGCUCCAGCAGCCACUUCCGGAUCCUGCGGCCGCGGUGGAGGCAGCGGGACCGGGAGGCUCGCCGGGGGAGGAGGAGGCGGCCUCCCAGCGCAACGGCACGGCCCACCCCAAGCACCUCUACUCCAAACGGCUGGACCGCAGCGUCUCCUACCAGCUGGCCACGCAGGAGGAGCUCAGCUCGGAGAAGGCCCACCACACUUUGGCCGACCUGAAGCGCCAGCGGGCAGCCGCCAAGCUGCAGAGACACCACCCUGAGGAGUUCUCGGCCAGCCCGGGGGAGGCCCCCAACUCGGUUUACUUCACAGCGGCCAGCGGGGAGCCCCCCCUCUUGAAGCUGACGGCCCCCGCCGAAGAGAGCCCAGUGGAGAAAAAGCGCUGCUGUAGCGUGAUGUGA